CGUUUUUCUAUCCUCACCUGCCCUCAACAGCCAGCACUACUACUACUCACGCAAUCCGGAGAGCCCCCCGUCGUCACCACCACCACCACCGGCGUUCGUUCCACCGCACGCUCACUCACACACCUCUCACCCUCCCCCGGGGCACACUUACACGGACGGGCUCGCCCGGCGCCAGGCCCCCCCUUCCCCCCUCCCCGCAAAGCAAGCAAGUAGCUAGCCAGCCAUGGACGCCCUUCUCCUCCACCUCGCGAGCAAUCCGGCGCUCGCCACUCCUCUCCUCCAGAUCGUCCAGCAGCACCAGGAGGCCCUCACCGCCGCCGCCUCCUCCCCCGAGUCGCAGCAGCAGCUCCAGUCCUCGGUCCAGCUCCUGCUCCAGCAGACGCAGCAGGCGGCGUCCCAGGGCCAGGGACAGGACUCGGCUGCUCAGGGCGCCUCGUCCAACAACCCGGCGUCUCAGGAAGCUGGCCAAGCAGACGGAAGUGCUCCAUCGGCGGCCCUGACCCAUCAGCAAAUUCCCCUGCCACCCGAGUCGGGCGAGUACUCCACCGUCAACGAUCUCAUGGCCGCCCUCAACGCCUUUUACGCGACGCGCGGCGCCGCCGUCGUCAAGAAGUCGGCCUCCAACUACCGCGUCGUCAACGGCGUCCGCAUCCCCACCUACUACUCGGUCAACUGUGACCGCGGCCCCCGCCGCGCCUCGGCCAGCAAGGGCCUCCGCCGCGCCUCCACCCUCAAGCUCGACUGCCCCUUCCGUAUCGUCGCCGCCGCCACAAAGGCCAGCAACUUCCGCUGGAGCUAUCGCGUCGUCGAGCCUAACCACAACCACGGCCCCAGCAGCGGACCCGAGGCCCACGCCGCUCACCGGAAGAGGACCCCCGCCCAGAGGGAGCUCAUGGCCAAGCUCGCCUCGUACGGUACCAUCAAGGCCAGGGACGCCGCCGAGAUCGUCAAGGCCGCCGGCGGACCCGCCUUCUUCAGGCAGAGGGACGUGUACAACGACCGCCAGAAGGCGAGAAAGGCAGCCGGCUUGCCGCCUCGCCAAAAGGGCGACAAGGCCAAGGCCGGCGCCAACGACAAUGACAACGACACCAGCCAGACCACGUGAAGCGGCGCCUUCUACAUCUGUCGGUGCCCCAUUCGUGUCGGCAAAGACAAACUCUCAAUAAAUUUUGUCAGAGUACACGCUUCCAGGUGCGCGUGGCGGUCACGACACUCACCCUAAGCCUCAUGCUGGCUUGAGACGGCCAGAAAACGAACAAAGAGGCAUGCAUGGAAUAUAAUGGCGGUAUUUAUCUUCUAUGAAGCGCGUUGCGCGCAUGGACACGGUCACGUCGACUCUAGCCGGCCUCGUUUAACGCUCCCACCUAGCACCCAGGAACCACCUUGCAGUCUACCACCGCCGUCUGCCCCGCCUGCACCUUGGCAAUCGCCUCCUUGAGCACGGUGUCGAGUUCCGACACGGUGCCCACCCGGGCCGCGAAGAUGUCACCGUCCGCGGCGGCCUUGGCGAUGCCCGAGUAGUCCGGGGUGGGGUCGAAGGAGAUGUUGGCCUCCUCGUUGGUGGCCUUGGAGCCGAGUCCGUCGGGGUGGACGAGCAGCAAGGAGCGGCGAGGGGCGUGCCAGCCUGAAGACGUCAGCUUUACAAGUCGGCUCGUGCGGCAGGAGUUGAUGGAGACUUACCCUUGUUGUUGAGGACAAUGGUCAGGACGGGGAUGUUAUAGCGCUUUGAGAUCCAAUAGACGCUGCCGGGGACGGUGAACAAGUACGUGCCGUCGCCUACGAUUUGCACCACAAAUUUGCCCUUGCCCUUGUUCUCCAUGUCCGUUGCCAGCUUGAUCCCCAGGGCACCGCCGCCGGACCAGCCGAGGCCGCCACCGCCGCAGUUGAUCCACGAGCCGGGUUUCGUGGGCUGAAGGUUGUCGUGCGCAAAGACCGUGUUGGUCACGGCCUCGAUGGCCCAUAGCGUGUCAUCAGGGCAGAGGUCCUUGAGCUUCCGCGAUAGGUAGCCGGUGCCAAAGGAACCAUCCUCGAGCGGCUUAGCCCGUUCCUCAAUGUCGGCAAGGU